GGUACAGGUCCAUCUCAAGGUGUAGGUGAAGGUCCAGGUCCAGGUGCAGGUCCAUGUCAAGGUGUAGGGGCAGGUCCAGGUCCAAGUGCAGGUCCAUGUCAAGGUACAGGUCCAUGUCAAGGUGUAGGUGAAGGUCCAGGUGGAGGUCCAUGUCAAGGUACAGGUCCAUGUCAAGGUGUAGGCGCAGGUCCAGGUCCAGAUGCAGGUCCAUGUCAAGGUACAGGUCCAUGUCAAGGUGUAGGGGCAGGUCCAGGUCCAGGUCCAGGUCCAUGUCAAGGUACAGGUCCAUGUCAAGGUGUAGGUGAAGGUCCAGGUCCAGCUGCAGACUAGACUAAAGCCAGCAGGUUUGUAGCAGAGCUGCCAGAUCAACGAUUUAUCUGAAAAUAAUUUUUUUUUACUUUGAAAAAGUAAAAAAUCUGAUUUAAAAUGUCUGUGAUCAUUUCCUGAAGCCCAACACCUUCACAUAAUUGUCUGACUAGUCCUGAAUCAGUCAGUGGACAUCCGGAGCGAGAGGCGGGGUUCACCUGGACAGGUGUCAGGUCCAUCAGAGGACAAACAGUUCACCUUCUGGUGGAGGGGGGAACCACAGAACAUGAUGGAACCCGGAAGGUUCCGUCCUGAAUCGGACACGACAAAGACACAAAACAACCACAAAGAGACAAACUGAAGAGACGUCCAUCGUCUCAAAUACUCUGUGUUCCUUCCUCAUUCGCUGUCUGGCCUCCAUUUCCCAGGAUGCUCUGGGGUUUCCCGGAAGGCCUGUGAAGAUGAGUGUGACAUCAUGGUUCCUGGUGAGCAGCUCGGGAUCUCGACACCGCCUCCCCAAAGAGAUGAUCUUUGUGGGCCGAGAGGACUGUGAGCUCAUGUUGCAGUCUCGCAGUGUGGACAAACAACAUGCUGUCAUCAACUACAACACAACGACUGACGAACACCUGGUCAAAGACCUGGGCAGCCUGAACGGGACGUUUGUAAACGACCUCAGGAUUCCUGAUCAGACCUACAUCACCCUGAAGGUGUCGGACAUUGUCCGCUUCGGAUACGAUUCUCAUGUUUAUGUCCUGGAGAAAAGUCAACACAAAGUACCAGAGGAGGCUCUGAAGCAUGAGAAGUACAGCAGCCAGUUACAGAGUCUGAAGGUUUCAGAGGGAAAGAAAAUGGACGAUCAGGACGAUCGGACCAAAACCCUGAGCAGCAAGACCCAGGAGGCUCCGGGCGGUCGGCCCACUCCCCUGUACGGUCAGCCGUCCUGGUGGGGAGAGGAGGAUUAUGGGAGUAAAGGUCAGAACAGCAAUGAACCACAUCCAGACCUUCUGUCUGUGGAUCCUCUGUCAGACUCUCAACCAAAGACCUUCUCCUCGUACCACCGAGAACCCAGUUACUUCGAGAUUCCCACCAAGGACUUCCAGCACCCCAGAACCUCAGGGGCUGAGCUACACGAAAUACCCACCAAGGACACCGAUACACCCCCUGCUCCCCCCUCCCCUCCCACCCUGACCCCGCCCGUCGUUCAGAGCCACGCCUCUUUCACCAUCGAGUUCGACGACUGCACGCCCGGCAGGAUCAAGAUCAAAGACCACAUCACCAAGUUCUCCACUCGCCAGAGGAAGCAGCAGGAUCCGCCUUCCAAGACGACCAUCACAGCUACACCUGCCGAGGUGAUGUCAGCAGAGAGCAAAGUGGCUGAUUGGCUGGUCCACAGUGAUGUCAGCAUGAUGAGGAGACGUCCAACGUGUGAAGAUGUUUACAGCACCAAGAGCGACCUCGCCAUGAACAUGAAGAUCCUCAAAGGUCACCAUCAUGAUGAUGGAACCCAGAGUGACUCAGAAGACCCGCCUCUCAAAGGAAGGAGUAAAUCCCACCAUUCUCAUCACUCCAUCCAAUCAGAGCAGUCCGAGGCAUCGCAGCAGACUGUCCAAUCAGGUCAGUCUAUCCGCUGUCAGCCGCCUGCUCCGACACAGAAGCUCCAUCAGCAGCCGCAGUAUGUUCCACCCAGACCGGCCCAAGCCUCACCUGUGGCCCCAGAGCGGCCCCUGUCCCAGAGCCCUCCUCAAGCUCAGUCCCCCACGACAGAGACACCCAAGCAGGGCCCCCAAGAGCACCUCACCCAGCAGGCCUUCAUCAUUGAGUUCUUCGAUGACAACCCGCGCAAGAAACGUUCACAGUCCUUCACGCACAACCCCGCCCACACCGACUCGUACUCUGCGCUGAAGGCCAAGUUGGAGCGGCGGAAAGGCAGCGAGAGGCCGGCAUCUGUGCACGGCCACAUCCCACCCACCCAGCAGGUGACGGUUCCUCUGAAGGGUCAGGGCCACAGUGGACCCCAGAGGUCGAGCUCUCUGAAGAGGGAGAAGACAGAGGGUGAGGCGGCCUCAUCAAAUUCCUCCCCUCGCUCAUCCUCAGGCAUCAUCAUCAGACCCUUUGGCAGCGUCGGGAAGAAGUCCAAGCUUGCUCAAGAGUUUGCCACUGAAUUCCUGAAGGUUUCGAGUCUGCAGGACUCUUCCCCAAUGAGCGACAAAAUGUCACCUCCACCAAUGUCUGCGCCACCAGUGAUGGUGUCGCCUCCUCAUGCAAGGAUUCCCUCCCCACAAGAACCUCCAGCCCAGUCUUCAGUCUCCUACCCCUCCUCCCCCUCACAGCCUCCAGCAGUGUCAAAGCCCUCCAUUCCCACGAAUGCUGGACAGACGAAUGCCUCUCCAGUGCACUCCUCUGCACCUCACCUGUCCGUGUUGCUCCCCCUGGGCGUCCGUGCAGGAGACAUGAAAGGUUCCCAGAGGAUGGUGAGGAACGAGGAGGACGACAGUCUGAGUGAUGCCGGGACCUACACCAUCGAGACAGAGUCGCAGGACAAGGAGGUGGAGGAGGCUCGCCACAUGAUCGAUCAGGUGUUUGGUGUCCUCGACUCUCCAGAGUACAGUGGUGUGAACACAGGAGUGUAUAGACCUGUAAUAAAUGAUGGCAAGGAUGAACAAGCUAACCUGCCUAGUGAUGGUAGCACUGUGGACCCGUUGCAUGGCUUUAUCCCAGCUGCUAUCAGUGGCCCCCCAACAGGCCCGAUACAGGUAAAACCGCUGGAAAACCGAAUCAGAACCUGGAAAAACACCUGUGUAGCAUGUUCUGAUCCCAGUGCAUGCAGACUGGUAUUCCCUCACUUUCUCCUGGUUCCAACUGCUCAUGCACAAGGUCUGGAAGGACCUAAGUGGGUUUCCCGUUGGGCCAGUCUGGCAGAUGGCUAUGCGGAGCCUGGUUCCACUCCAGCUCAAGGGGAAUGUCUGGAAGAUUUGCGCUCUAUGAGCAGGUCGAUGGGAAGUUACAGUUACGACAACUCUGAGUCAGAGUCCAGCCACAGCUCCAGGACAAGAAGGCUGCUGCCCCAGCUGCCCCCAGAAAAGCUGGAUGGCGUCGCCCCGAGUAUCCUGAUACGCCAUGAGUCUUACCAAGGCCAGGAACCUACGGACAGAGUAUCUGGUGCCCCCCGCCCACAGAACUCCACCCAGUGCCUGUCCGUUCAGGAGGACGUGGACCCAGACAGCCUGAGUGACGCCAGCCGAUCAGAUGAUGGACUGGUUAUGGAAAAAACAAAGAAGAAUCAGGUCAGGCCUGGAGCUCUGUCUCCAGGGGUCAGUGGUCCUCAGUUUAAAGGUCAGGAGAAGGUGUCUCCAUCCACCAAAUCCACCUCCUUCUACAUCGGUUCUGAAAACCAUCCAGGCAAACCUGACCGAGCACGGAGCCCAGUACAGUCUGAGAAGAUACGAGACCCACCAGCAAAAAUUCCCCCCACCACAGUCCUGAUCCGACACCUGAGUGGACAUGAACCCAGGAGAACAGGUGUCAAGCCCAACAGCUCGGCUCCAAACCUCCAAACACAGGACAAGGAUUCUGUCCCAACCAAAGACACCUGCAUGUCAUCCUUUGUCCGGCAGGAGAGCUUCACCAAAGACCGGCCCAGUGACACCAUCCAGAUGAAGAAACUUCCCCACAUUUCCAGCCACCCGUCCAUCAGAGACAUGGAGCAGAGGAGGGAGAACAUCCAGGACACACAGUCCUUCUUACAGGAGGCUGAGGGAACUCUGUCCUCUCUGGACACCAGGUUCCCCUCGUCUGGUUCAGGUCGCAGCUCAAAGAAAGGGGGCUCCUCCAGCCACAUGGAUGACUCCCUGUCUGGUGAGUCAGAUGUGGACACUGCAAGCACAGUGAGCCAAGUGAGUAGCAAAAAUGCUCCAGUAAACUAUGCCCCUAAAAAGCGUCCCGCCAUCAGUAGCCUUCAGAAGGAGAAAUCCUCUUCCAGCCCGUCCAUCCAAGAGAAGGGACGGCAGCUUACUGCCCGUGAACGUCUUUCUGAGAAACGCCGAAGUCAGACGACUGCAGAUUCAUCAAGUAAGGCAGAUGCAGCAAAGCGCUUUCAAUUGCGCCGCAGUACGGGGAACCGUGGAUCUCUGGAUCUCUCUGAGGGCCAACAGGGUUCUGGUACACACUGGACUGAAUCUGCCACAUCUGACCAUGAAUCUUCCCGUUCAUCCAACCGCAGCAAGAAAAUCACCGCCCCACUUCAGAAAGAAGACGAUGGAAAGACACCCAAGACAGCGACUCAGCAGGUUCUGACACGUUCCAACAGCCUGUCAGCACCACGGCCGACCCGAGCCUCCAUGCUCCGUCGAGCACGACUGGGUGAGGCCUCAGACAAUGAAGGUGCUGAGACUGACCGGGGAUCCCAGAAUUCUGACAAUAUUACCGCACCACCCAAAGUCUCCGCUGAAGGGAAGAAACUAUCCAGACUGGACAUCUUAGCAAUGCCGAGGAAGAGGACCGGCUCCUUCACAGCUCCCAGCGACAAUGAGAUGUCCUCCACAGGCCGGUCCGCUUCCUCCAAUCGGAACGCCGAGUCUGUUGCCACCCACAGGAAGAUAUCGCUGGGCGAUACCCGGCAGGCGGCCAGCAGAGGGGGCGGAGCUCCAGCGAAGCAACCACUGACCCAUUCUCGGUCCAGCGGAGCCAAGUACCCCAGCUCUGGUUCCCGUCGCAGACAGAAGGACUCAGACUUCUCCUCUUCCUCUGAGGAAGAAUACAAAGUGAGUGCUGUUACUUAUAAAGCCAAGCGCUCCUCUCAUCCCUCCGCCUCCGCACAGACUCCCCGCAGCCACCGGGCGGCCGCCGCUCGACCCAAGUCUGUUUCCCUGGAGACGGAAGAGGAUGAAGACCAGAACGAGGCAGACCCCUACCAGAACUGGUCCACGCACAGCGCAGAGAUCGCCAAGCUCAGUCAGGACCUGGCCAAAGAUCUGGCGAUCUUGGCGAAGGAAAUCCACGAUGUAGCCGGGGACGGAGACUCACCAAGCUCCGGCAUGGCCACCGGCGCAUCACCCAGCUCGUUGCCUAACACCCCGGCCUCCACCAUCUCGGCCAGGGAAGAGCUGGUCCAACAUAUCCCUGAGGCCAGUUUAAACUACCAGAAGGUUCCUCCGGGUUCUUCUGUCGUCUUGGACCUGGAUGCAAACAUGAAUGAGCCGGAGACCGGUUCUAAUCAGCGCCGUCCGUGGAACCGCGAAGAGGUGAUUCUGGACAAUCUGAUGCUGAAUCCAGUGUCUCAGCUGUCGCAGGCCAUCAGGGAGAACACAGAGCAGCUGGCCGACAAGAUGAAGGUUUUGUUCCAGAACAAGGCCGAGGUCUGGGAGGAGAUUGAGGCGAAGAUCAAGGCAGAGAAUGAAGUUCCAAUCCUGAAAACCUCCAACAAGGAAAUUACCUCCAUUUUAAAAGAGCUGAGACGAGUCCAGAGGCAGCUGGAAGUAAUAAACACCAUCGUGGAGCCCGGUGGGAACGUCCAGCCUGCAGCCGUCGGGACGUCCUCUCUCGGUCCGACUCGACCGUCCGCAAAGGAGAAGAAACCCGCCUCCAAGACCCGCAGUGCCCCCGCCACCUCCAAUGCCAACGCCAGCACCAAGCGCCCCCCUCGUGGCCCGGACGGGGCCCAGUACAAGGCCUGAGGCCACACCUGCAGCAGCCACACGUGUCGAACCCAGAGAGGUUCUUCUGGAUCGUCUGGACGCAGCAGCAGGUUGAAGCUCUGGUGCUGUUUCUCGUACAAACUGGAUCUUUGAAGAGACGUGACGUUCACACUCAGUUGUGAUGUUGAAUCUCACAGACUCGUCACUGUCUCACUUCAGUGUCACAGUCACAGUUGAGGAAUCGUUAACGUUCCUCCUCUUCCUCUCGUGUCCGUGGUCAAAGACUCAAAGACUCAAAGACUCAAACACCCUCGUCCCCCUGAACUAAUGCUGCCUUCAGGUCACAUUGCUGUGAGUUAUGAACUUUAUUCACGUCAACGUUAAAGUCGUGAUUAUGACCAGGACAACAAAACAAAGACGAUCAGUGACUGUAUAUAAAGACGAUCAGUGACUGUAUAUAAACACGAUCAGCGACUGUAUAUAAAGACGAUAAUUGACUGUAUAUAAAGACGAUCAACAAUUGUAUAUAAAGACGAUCACUGACUGUAUAUAAGGACGAUCACUGACUGUAUAUAAAGCUGUAUAUGCAGACGAUCACUGACUGUAUAUGCAGACAAUCACCGGCUGUAUAUACAGACAAUCACCGACUGUAUAUAAAAACGAUCAGCGACUGUAUAUAAGACGAUCAGAGACUGUAUAUAAAGACGAUCACUGACUGUAUAUAAGGACGAUCACUUACUGUAUAUAAAGACGAUCACUGAUUGUAUAUGAAGACGAUCACUGAAUGUAUAUAAGGACGAUCAGAGUCUGUGAUCGUGGAGUGGAGCCGUGGUAUCGAGGCUCUGCCCACACCUGCUCUCGACCAAUCAUGAGUGUUAGCUGUCAUGACAUCAUGACGUCUCAGCCCGUUUGUAUAUAAUCACAUAACCAAUGAAAAUGAUAAGAACUACCUAAAAUGACAGAAACCAUUUAUUUAACGUCUACUUAGAUAAUAUACUUAACAUGGAGGGGACGGGGAUUAUGACCUGUACUGCAGCCAGACACCAGGGGGCGAGGCUUUUGACCUCACUAGAGCAAGACACCAGGGGGUGGGGCUUAUGACCCGUACUGCAACAAUACACCAGGGGGCGGGGCUUAUGACCCGUACUACAGCCAGGCACUAGGAGGCGGAGCUUAUGACCCGUACUUACAGCCAGGCACUAGGGGGCGGAGCUUAUGACCUGUACUACAGCCAGGCACUGGGGGCGGGGCUUAUGACCCACACUGCAACAAUACACCAGGGGGCGGGGCUUAGGACCCGUUCUACAGCCAGACACUAGGGGGGGGAGCUUAUGACCCACACUGCAACAAUACACUGGGGGCGAGGCUUAUGACCCGUACUACAGCCAGACACUAGGGGGCGGGGCUUAUGACCCACACUGCAACAAUACACCGGGGGCGAGGCUUAUGACCUGUACUACAGCCAGACACUAGGGGGCGGGGCUUAUGAGCCGUACUGUAGACAGACACUAGGGGGCGUCAUGAUGACGUCAUCCAUCUUUAUUUGCAGUCUGUGACGAGAAUAAAUGCUUUUUAAGGCAAAUAUAUAAAUAUUUAGAACUGCUUCACAUCGCUUGAGCCGCACGAUGUUCAGACGUCCUGAUAAACUUUGUGUUUGAUAAACUGUGUGUGUGUAUGUGUGUGUGUGUGUGUGUGUGUGUGUGUGAGGUUGUGUUGAGUAAUAACUGAAGCACAUUUAGUGGAAUGUAGUUGGAUGAGCAGAGGAUCAGGGUUUGUUUAGCUUAGCUUAACAAGUAGCUCAGCUUAACCCUGAGGAGAAGGCUAAAGUUUCCCCCUGCUUUCAGUCUUUGUGCUAAGCUAGGCUAACUGGACAACUGGAGUGUGGCUGUGGAGAGACAGAAUAUUUUUGACUUUUAUUUUGUAAAGUGCAUGUUUCCUGUAUGUUCACCAAAUGUGCACUUUUUCAUGGUUAAGUGGGUGGAGCUGAGAUUCAACAACCAUGAGAAUGUAUUAACUCAUCAGCCGCCCACAACACAUACCUGAUUGGCUGUUGCUGUGAUGAUGUAACUGCUGCUGCUCCAGGUGAUUGGUGGUUUGUGUUGUUCUGUAUCUUUGUCAUGAAAAUAAAAGAUCAAUCGCACACUC